CUUUCUUCUCCGCCGCCCCCACCGCUCCGCUCAGACUACAACCCCCGCUCGGACUACCGCCGCCGCCCCGCACCUCCCGUCGCGCCGCCGAGCGACGGCGCGCACCCGCCUCCUCUGCUCCGCUCCGCCCCGCCGCGCCGUCUCGCCUCUCAUCGCCUCCCGCGCCGUCUCGCCUCUCAUCGCCGCCCCUCCUCCCCCCGUCGUUCCUGGCCGCCGGGCUUCUUCUCCGUCGCCGGUUACGCGCGUGAGGAGGGAGAAGGAGCCGCAGCGCGUGGAUCCAGGGCCAGCGGCGUCCAUCUCGCGUGAGAAGGGAGAAGGAACCGUGCCCGUCCAUCAUGGUGAGGAAGAAAAGAACUGGUCCAGGAGAGAGUUCUGGGGAGGCUUCUGGAGCGCCUGGGCAGGGCUCCUCACAGCGUCCUCAGGCAACUCAACAGGGUGCCCGUGGUGGAGGGCAACACCAGGGCCGUGGUGGAUAUCAGGGCCGUGGAGCGCCGCCUUCACAGCACCCAGGUGGUGGGCUGACUGAGUAUCAACCGCGCGACUACCAGGGACGCGGUGGAUAUCAGGGCCGUGGCGGUCCACCUUCACAGGUUCCUGGUGGUGGGCCGCCUGAGCCUCAGCCGCGUGCCUACCAGGGACACGGUGGAUACCAGGGCCGUGGCGGGCCACCUUCACAGCAUCCUGGUGGUGGGCCACCACCUGGGUCUCAACCACGUGACUAUCAGGGACGUGGUGGUCCGCGUCCCAGAGGGGGAAUGCCGCAGCCACACCGUGGCGGGCAUGUGGGAGGUAGUGUUGGACCAAGUGUUCCUUCAGGUCCAUCUAGACCAGUUCCCGAGCUGCACCAAGCCCCAGAUGUCCAACAUCAAGCCCCUGUGGUGGCAACACCAUCACCACAAGGAGCUGGCUCGUCCUCGCAGCCUAGGAAGGCCGAGGUGAGCACUGGACAAGUCCAGCAACAGCUUCAGCAACUUGUGAUUCAUGACCAGAGUUCAGCCAGCCAAGCUGGUCAGGUGGCACCAGCGUCAAGCAAAGCGGUUAGAUUCCCAUUGCGCCCUGGCAAGGGUACGCAUGGGUCCAGGUGCAUCGUGAAGGCAAAUCAUUUCAUUGCUGAGCUGCCUAAUAAAGACCUUCACCAAUAUGAUGUAUCGAUAACGCCAGAGGUUACUUCACGCGGUGUCAAUCGUGCUGUCAUGGGAGAGCUUGUAAACCUUUAUAGACACUCCCAUUUGGAUGGGCGUCUGCCUGCGUACGAUGGAAGAAAGAGUCUUUAUACAGCUGGAGCAUUGCCGUUUACUUCGAAGACAUUCGAAAUUACUCUGCAAGAUGAGGAAGACAGUCAUGGUGGAGGCCAAAGGCGCCAGAGGGUAUUUCGGGUGGUGAUCAAAUUUGCUGCUCGCGCUGAUCUCCACCAUCUGGCUAUGUUUCUAGCUGGGAGGCAACCAGAUGCUCCUCAAGAGGCUCUUCAAGUACUUGACAUUGUGCUGCGCGAAUUGCCUACUGCCAGGUAUUGUCCUGUUGGUAGAUCAUUUUAUUCUCCCAACUUAGGGAGACGUCAGCAACUUGGUGAAGGUUUGGAAACUUGGCGUGGUUUCUACCAAAGCAUAAGGCCCACACAGAUGGGUCUUUCUCUGAAUAUUGAUAUGUCCUCUACUGCAUUUAUUGAGCCCCUCCCAGUGACUGAAUUUGUUGCUCAGCUUCUUAACAGAGAUAUAUCAGUUAGACCAUUGUCUGAUUCUGAUCGUGUGAAGAUUAAAAAAGCCCUACGAGGUGUGAAAGUCGAGGUCACACACCGUGGAAACAUGCGUAGGAAAUAUCGGAUAUCUGGCCUCACUUCACAAGCAACAAGGGAGUUAUCAUUCCCUAUUGAUGAUCGUGGUACUGUUAAGACUGUGGUGCAAUACUUCCUGGAGACUUAUGGCUUCAGUAUUCAGCACACCACUUUACCUUGCUUGCAAGUGGGCAAUCAGCAAAGACCAAAUUAUUUGCCUAUGGAGGUCUGUAAGAUAGUUGAGGGACAGCGUUACUCAAAACGGCUUAAUGAGAAACAGAUCACUGCUCUACUGAAGGUGACUUGCCAGCGUCCCCAUGAGCGUGAGAAAGACAUCUUGCAGACUGUUCAUCAUAACGCCUACUCUGAGGAUCCUUAUGCCCAGGAAUUUGGUAUAAGGAUUGAUGAGCGUCUUGCAUCUGUUGAAGCUCGUGUUCUGCCUCCCCCAAAGCUGAAAUACCAUGAUAGUGGCAGAGAGAGGGAUGUAUUGCCAAGAGUUGGCCAGUGGAAUAUGAUGAAUAAGAAAAUGGUCAAUGGUGGUAGAGUUAGCAGCUGGGCAUGCAUUAACUUCUCAAGAACUGUGCAAGAUGGCGCUGCCAGGAGUUUCUGUCAUGAACUGGCUUUGAUGUGCCAAGUAUCAGGAAUGGAUUUUGCACUUGAACCUGUGCUGCCCCCAUGCUAUGCGAGGCCUGAACAUGUUGAAAGAGCAUUAAAGGGACGCUAUCAAGAUGCCAUGAACAUACUCAGGCCUCAGGACCGAGAACUUGACUUGCUGAUUGUAAUACUGCCUGACAAUAAUGGUUCUCUUUACGGGGAUCUCAAAAGGAUCUGUGAGACUGAUCUUGGAUUGGUCUCCCAAUGCUGUCUGACUAAACAUGUUUUCAAGGCGAACAAGCAGCAGUAUCUUGCAAAUGUUGCCCUGAAAAUAAAUGUGAAGGUUGGGGGACGGAAUACGGUACUUGUUGAUGCUUUGACAAGGAGAAUUCCCCUUGUCAGUGAUGUACCAACUAUUAUCUUUGGUGCUGAUGUGACCCAUCCCCAUCCUGGGGAAGAUUCUAGUCCUUCCAUUGCAGCUGUUGUUGCUUCUCAAGACUGGCCUGAGGUUACCAAGUAUGCAGGAUUAGUGAGUGCUCAAACCCAUCGCCAAGAAUUGAUACAGGAUCUUUUCAAAGUAUAUCAAGAUCCCCAAAGGGGAUCUGUCUCUGGUGGCAUGGUCAGGGAACUUCUCAUUUCUUUCUGGAGGUCAACUAAACAGAAACCAAAAAGGAUCAUAUUCUACAGGGAUGGUGUCAGUGAGGGACAGUUCUACCAAGUUCUGUUGCAUGAACUUGAUGCCAUUAGAAAGGCCUGUGCAUCAUUGGAGUCCGAUUACCAGCCUCCAGUUACGUUUGUUGUGGUCCAGAAGCGUCAUCACACUAGGUUGUUUGCUAAUAAUCACAAUGACCAACGUGCUGUUGAUAAAAGUGGAAACAUACUGCCUGGUACUGUGGUGGACUCAAAGAUCUGCCAUCCAACUGAAUUUGAUUUCUACCUCUGUAGCCAUGCUGGCAUUCAGGGAACAAGCCGCCCUGCCCAUUAUCAUGUCCUGUGGGAUGAGAACAAAUUUACCGCGGAUGGGUUGCAAACUCUCACCAACAACCUGUGUUACACGUAUGCUAGGUGCACUCGCUCAGUAUCAAUCGUUCCUCCUGCAUAUUAUGCUCACCUGGCAGCCUUCCGAGCUCGCUUCUACAUGGAGCCGGAUACCACUGACAGUGGGUCUAUGGCGAGUGGUGCUACGACAAGCCGUGCCCCAGGAGGGGCACGCAACACCAGGGCUGGUGUUGGAAAUGUUGCCGUGAGGCCAUUACCGGCCCUCAAGGAAAACGUGAAGCGUGUCAUGUUCUAUUGCUAAGAUUGACGCUGUGAGCAAGCAAUUAUCGGGCUUUACCUAAGACUUUUGAGUAUUUUUCCAAGUACCUGCACUGUUUUGGUGAUGGUGGCACACUGUUAUGCACCACUGAAGUUAAUAAUCAGAGCUGUGAAUUGGAGCUACCUUUUAUAUAUCUGGUAUUGUAAACUGGUUUGCGGUAACAUUGUAUUGUCGUGGAUUUUAUUGCACUAUUGGAGGCCUUAUGUGUGUGCUGAUU